AUGGAGAGGAAGUCCCCAGGGUCUAUUGUAGAGAUUGAUGUACAGAAGAUAGGGAAGAAAAUGUGCUUCAAGAGGAUGUUUGUUGUUCUGAAGCCUUGCAUAGAUGGCUUCCUCAAUGGCUGCAGGCCCUAUGUUGGUGUUGAUUCAACAAGAUUGACAGGUAAAUAUACUGGUCAACUAGCUGCUGCCACUAGUGUAGAUGGACAUAAUUGGUUGUUCUAUGUAUCCUAUUCAAUUUUUGACUCUGAAACUGAUGAAAAUUGGUUAUGGUUCAUGAGACACCUCAAUAAGGCCAUAGAUAAUCCAGAGGGCCUAGUUAUAUCAACAGAUGCUUGUAAGGGUUUGGAAAAAGCUGUUGAUGCUGCAUUUGAAAAAGUUGAGCACAGAGAAUGCAUGAGGCAUCUCUAUGCUAACUUCAUGAAGAAGUUUCAAGGUCCUGCCUUCACUGAUCACCUGUAUCCAACUGCAAGAAGUUAUACUGAGGAUGGAUUUAGGUGGUACAUGCAACAAAUAUACCAAGUGAGGUCUGAUGCAAUAGAGUAUCUUGAGAAGCAUCACUCAAGGAUUUGGUACAGAUGUGGCUUUUCUGAGUCUAGCAAGUGUGACUACCUCACAAACAAUGUUUCUGAAAGUUUCAAUAACCAGAUCAAGAAGCUUAAAGGUCUGUUGUUGCAUGAACUUGUGGAUGGGAUCAGGGAGAUGAUCAUGGAGAAGAUGGCCCUCAGGAGAGAAGUUGGUAAAAAGCUUGUGGAUGGCAUCCUGCCAAAUGUAAUGAAAGAAUUGAAUGAUGCAACUGUCUGUCUCAGGGUGGUAAAGGUUGUUAGAAGCGAUGAAGGUUUCGCAGAAGUGACACUUGUUGAGUCUGACAACAACACUAGAAGGAAGAGACAAGUGGCUGAAGCUGCAGGUCAGGCCGAAGCUGCACCAGUCAAGAAGAAAAACCCUCCUAAGAAGAAAGGAGUGCCUGGAGCUGCAGCUGAAGCAAGUUCAUCUGCACCUGUCAAGAAGAAAAAUACUCCUAAGAAGAAGAAAACUCCCCAGAAGAGGAAGAAUCUUGUUGCUUCUACUGCUCCACCCGCUAGAGUAGUUAGAAAAUUAUCAGACUAG